CGUCGCCAUUUUAACAGGAUCACAGAAAGGAGAUUGUCAGAUCAUUUUGAGUCAUUUAUAUACCCAGUUGUAUUUGGUUGGUUAGUUUAAAUCGAAGGCCUUCCCUGCAGUCUUUUUUGUGAUAGCUACAUUUGUACCACGUUUAAACUAGUUGUGUGUUGUACUUUCUUAACAUUUAAUUGCUAGUUCUUUCAGAAAAAUAGCAUUCGCAAUGCCGAGCCACCCGCUGCGCGUGGCGGUUGUGUGCUCGAGCAACCAGAACCGCAGCAUGGAAGCGCACAACAUCCUCAGGUAACAUUACUGGAAGAAAAAUAAACUACGACGACAUGCCACGAAGCCGCCACUUUUGAUUUUCAGCGGCCUGUUUUUUUACCUGGUUGAGAGCUCACCCUUUUCCACACGACAAUGCAGGCUUGCUACGCCGACCGCAGUCUGUUUGCGGCAAACGACGGGUCGACGCAUUUUAUUUCACUAAUAUGGCUAAUUUCCAGAUUAUAGAAGACCGAGAUGUAUACACUAGCGCGAGCCCAUAGCAAAUGAAUUGAUUCGAACGUUUGCAGAGCCUAUUUUGAUUGGGAUUAUGCUUAGAAUUCGAUUUCGCCUAAUGGCACCAAAAUAUGUAUACUUUUUCAUUUUACCACUACAAUUUGUUGUUGGGACGAAACUGAACAAUAACAACGUGUAGAAAGUAAACAUCCACACCUCGAUGGUGUCAACUGUGCUAUGUCUGCAUAAAGAGGAAGUAGGGGGAAAAAUGGCAACUUCUAUUUCUGGUCUAGCGAACGAUGAAAACGGAGUACGCUGUCCAGCCUUACAUAAUUAUAAAUAUGAGAUUGUCGUGAUUAAAUUUGUGUCCUACUUGGAAGAAAAAAAAUAUAUACACAUUGCGAAAUAUACCAACAUGCCUCUCCAUAGGAAAACAAUGUGGGGAGUUCAGCGUUCCAAGGACAAAAAGUAUUUCGGGGCUAGCGUUUGACGACAACGAAGUACGGUGCCCAGCUUUACAUAGUUAGAGGAGACUCUCAUUAUUAAAAUGCUGACCGACUUGAAAAAAUCAAAAUAUACACAUUGCGAGAUAUUUGGCGAAAUACACAGACAUACCUAUAUUUCCCUUUAGGAAACAAUGGGACGAACUCAGAGUUCCAUGAGUAUUUUUGUUGUUGUUGACGUUUUAACUAUUAGCAAUUAGUUCAACCUGGGCAGGUCUCAUUGCCAACAAUAGCGAAGCAGGCAUUGUGACGUAGAGCAAUGGGCUGGGAAUUAAACAUUCGGAAGGCGAGUUGGUGUUCAAUGGAACUAAUAGGAGCUGGCAGGGUGAAAAAAUCCCUAAAAUAAGGCCUUUUUUUUUUCGUGAUUAAAACUACGGCAAGCAGCUGGGACAUUUGGUAAUAUUAUGAAACUGGCCUCCAUGGCGGAUGCAAUGAACUAGUUUUUAUCCGAAAAAAAGCGUUUCAUGUGUCCAGCCUACCGGAAGUAGGACAUGUUUAACUCCGUGCAGUGGCCGUCGGCAUAGCCGUCAGUCACUAGUUGGAAGUAACUAGAACAAACUGGCUAGAACUAGGUAGGCAACGAACCAGUCAACUACCUGAAAUUAUACAAAUAUGGUGGGGAAAAAAUAGUUAGACCUGCCAUGCAUCACCUAAAACUUACUUUCAGGUUCUGGAUUAUUCCAUGAAAGGAUCAUAAAGCAAUUGUCACUCAACAGCCUCAGCGUUCAAAAUGGAUCAGCUUUUUAGGCAGGGUAACACUAAACGAAUACAUCUUAGACUAAUUUGUCAUUUUACUGAGUAAAAAAAACAGAUGGAAAAUCUCCAUGCAUGGAAAGGAAGGUAAGGAGAGCCUAUUGGGGAAUUACAGGAGAUUCCUGCAGUAUGGCUCUUGAGAUGAGAUCCACUCAUUUCCCCUGCUGUAGUCUGUAUACUUUUUGCCUUGUAUGUGCAGGUCUGAAAGUAACCAUAUUUUCCCCCUUCAUUCUCUAUCUCUUUCUGUCUCUACAGCAAGCGAGGCUUUGACGUGCGCUCUUUUGGGACAGGGUCUCAUGUGAAGCUACCUGGUCCUGCACCGGACAAGCCCAAUGUGUAUGACUUCAAAACCACUUAUGAACAGAUGUACAACGACCUGGUCCGCAAGGACAAGGAGCUGUAUCCCCUGCACUCUUGCAUUCACACACACCUUGAACACAGCCCUAUCUCUUCCAUGUUUCUUUUCUCCAGUGAGUUAUUCUCUUAAUAUUCACUGGAAAAUAUACCAAAUUAGAUGUAUGAAAAUAUUAAGGGUCACUGAACAUGGAGGUGCAUGUUAUAGUUUGUGAUUCUUGGGUGAUUUUGUAGGAAAGGAUGGCCUUCACUAACCUGAUCCCAGAUCUGUUUGUGCUCUUACAAAUGCUGUUGCUGCACUUGUUGAGACAAACAUUGGCAUGACAUGGAGUUGGCAUGAUGGCACAUACAGACUGGCACUCAGGCUAGUCCUCUCAUCUAUUUGUGUGAGAUUUAUCACAUGCUGUCACAUAUUGCUUUUUCUAACAAUGAGUGGUGUGCAUAAAAUAUUUCACUUUCAACAGGUUCAUGUGAACAAGUAACCAUUUACCCUCUAUAACCAGGUAGGUUGUUUCUGGGCCCAGAAACUAGGUCUAGUGAACAUAUCCCAGUCUUUCCAUUUCAGGACCAAGAUGUAGACUAUAAACAAAACAGAAAAGCUAUGUAUUUGACCUAACUAGUAGUCUGUAGUUUUUGAAUCUUGCAUUGUAAAUUGUGAACAUUCUUUCCUUCUGUUCUGUAUUAGUAUAUGCUUUCACAUGUAAAUAAUUGGACCCCCUCCACUACAGGGCUCUCAACCACACACUCCUCAGAAAAUACAUUUGCCAUUGGAGCCAAGUUCUUACCUUUUGAAAAGGCAUAAAUUCAUAUGACAACUCUAGAGCCCACAUGGUCCAACCUUAAAUGAACUCCUACCUCAACACUUGAGAUCUGAAUAAAUUGGAUAGGUGUAAGCAGGAAGGUGAACAUUGGAGCUAUUACCAUAUUGUAGAUGCCUAUAAAAUCCUUUCAGAUCUACUCAAGUGCAUGGCAGGGUAGGGGCUACCAAUCAAUUUGGGAUUGAGCAUAAGACUGAAGUAUUUGAUACAGUUCUGUGUUAGAAGGCAUGCUCGCUAGUGUUUUGGGGUGAGUGUGGUUAAAUAUGUAUUUAAAUAUACCCGCCAAAAUGUUUUCCCACAAAGAUUCUAUCUGCAUGCAUGUAAAAAGAAAGGGGAUAUAUAUGAAUUGUUAGUGGGAGCACCAUAAGACUCCUUUCACUUCCCAAGUCCCUAUUCUGGGAGUGUACAAGAGUUGACUCCCAUCCUUACAAUGCAGGCAAGGAUUGGAGAUCAUUUCUGUAAUAUUUUCUUGACUAUUAAUCUUGCUCUUUGUUCCAAAAAAUUGCAUAUUUUCUCCAAAUGUAAAAUUAUUAGAUAAGGAAGGUGAGUUUAUCUAGAAUAUUGCACCGAUAGUUCAUAUUAUUAGAUGCCAGUUACAAUAGUUAUUAGAGGAUAUAAUUUAAAGUUAUUAGAAGCUUCCAAAGAUCAAAUGUUUUUCAUAUGUGUUUUGGCCUCUAGAGGGCGUUGUCUAACUGACACAUUGUUUCAUAUAUUUUCAUAGAUCCCUUAAUAUUUGAGGUCUUGUGUGUUCCUCGUCUUGCUGUGUUCCUUGACCCUCAGCACCUCAGAUACACACAGAACGGAAUCCUGCACAUGCUGGACCGCAACAAGCGGAUUAAGUCCCGACCGGAACGCUUCCAGAGCUGUAAGGACCAGUUUGACCUGGUCAUCACCUGUGAGGAGAGGGUCUACGACCAAGUGCUGGAGGGUGAGGGGACCGGCGACAGAAGGGGGGGGGGGGGGCUUCUUGUAUCAAGUUAUUAACUAUUAUAACUGGGGUUUAAUGCAUGUGAAAUGCAACAGAAAUAGUGAAUACACUUCCAAUAGAGCAUGCAUAACUACAAAGUUAGUCAAGAGCUAGGCCACUCUGGCUACAUGUUGAUCAACGAUCACUACUCUCCCCAAUCUCUCCCACUCAGACCUGAGCUCUCGGGAGCAGGAGACCUUCACGCCGGUUCACGUCAUCAACGUGGACAUCCAGGACAACCACGAGGAGGCCACACUGGGGGCUUUCCUCAUCUGUGAGCUGUGUCAGUGUGUGAGUGUGUCUGCCUGACCAUAAGGAACUACAAUCACACAGUUACUUUGUCAUAGGGAAUACCAGCUUUUGUUAUAGGACACAUUAUGUAAUGGGGAGUCAAAGACUCUGUGCUCCUGGGGUACAUAGUGGUCUUUUUUUCUACAGUGUUGAAUGAGCUCUGCUAGAUACAUGAUGUUGGUGACAUACAUGUAAUUGAAGAUGGUACACAGAGCAUUUUGUGGCGUUGGGAUGAUUGUGUUGAGAGAUAGUAAUGGUGCAUGAGUCUCUGUGAUUCUGUCAAACUGGGACUUAAAUUGUAUUUGAUGCAUUUGCCUUGCCUAGUGUAGCAGGUGUUGUGUACCUGACUGUCCCUUCUCCCCAUCUCAGAUCCAGCACACCGAUGACAUGGAGAACGAGAUGGACGAGCUACUGCAGGAGUUUGAGGACAAGAGCAACAGGCCUUUCCUCCACACGGUCUGCUUCUACUGAUGCCCCUGCUACCAAAUCUGCAAUAUCAUAUGCCCCCCUGACCAAACAUGCACGUUUAUACACAGACUCAUGCACACUUCCAUAUGCACUUACUGAUUACCGUUCACACACACACAUACACACACAGACAUACACAAUCCUCCGUCUCUGCUGUUGGUCAGGGCUGAGGGUAAAGGGAUGGAUGCUCUCUGCUUUCUCUAUUAAAUGGACAGGCUCAUCCCUCCUGCUCUGCCUUUCCUCCUCAGGGCCAAGGUGGGCCCAAGGUCCUCCCCCCAUCCUACAGUGAAACCACUGACCCGCCUCCCCACAAAGAGAAAUUCCCUUUUUGUCAAACACAUCCUCCUCCACCUCUAAAGGAGGAUUUUUUUUCUUCCAAGUGUUGCACAUUGAUGCUGAUUGCAGAGCAACAUUGAUUUGAGUUCCUUUUAAAGAAUGGUUAUACUUUUUUUUUAUUAAGUAUGAUUUGUCACAUUUACUCUUGAUUGUGGAGAGUAGUAGUGUUUACGGGAUAGAGUGGAGACGGGUUAGGCAUGAAUGUGUUUCAGUGUGUGACUGUAUCUGAGUGUGUACCAGUAGUUAAUUAGGAAUUCAUUUAAAUAGGGGGCUGUAUAAUGAACAACCAAAUAGAGACCACAAGGUUCUCAUUUUGCCCUCUUCAUUUCCAUUAUGUAUGAUUCAUAUUUAAAAACAGAAGAUUUGCUACCUUUUUCAGGGAGUAAUAUUUUUUUCUUUUGUAAACAGAAAAGAAUGAAAACGUUGUAAUUAUUUGCAAGCUGAGAACUCAGUCCAUAGUGCCUGAAUAUUUCUGUAUGUACAUAUGAACCCAAUAAAUGAAUAAACAUGUCUAGAAAAAC